AUGUCCUUCGCUUACCUCGAAGGCGAAUGCUUCUGCAAGCGCUCCGCCCUCCGAUCUUCUGCAUAUGACCCAGACAAGCCAGAGCAUUUCUACGGCCACCUUCUGUAUGGAAACUGGACGAACAUCCACUUCUUGUACGGUAAGAAGCCCUUCAGUGAUGAAGAAAGUUAUCGAAAAGUGGAUCAUAAUCUGCGCGUGAGUAGGAAUCGGUUUCGCGACCAUGACAAGGGCGGUGCGCUUGAAUCGUGGUUCAUGAUCUUGCCUAUGCCCCUGUUAUCCAAGGGGGAGGAGUGGUUUCUGGUUGAUGCCUCGGAGGAAUAUCCGGACGUGUACACCUUCCUGCAGGUCAGCUUCGCUAUCCCGCGGCAGAUCACCGUCACGGUCCACCCGGCCGUCGAUAGCGCCGAUAGGCUCUCCUGGCUCGUCAACCUCCUCUCGCUGCCGCGGGCCCUGCGCGGCCACAACUGUUUCUCUGCCCGCAUUAUCCGCAUAUUCGACCGCAAGCCGACUCCCACUAAGGCCGACCCGACGCCCUUCAUCAGCGACGAGACCGAUCUCAGCUGGACGACGGUCGCGAGCGCCAACGCCGGGCUGUCAAUCCAGUGGAAAGCCCCGCAGCCAACGACCUGGCUGGCACCCUCUUAA